CGUUUAAGUGUUAAAAGUCAAUGUCAAAUAUGUGAAAAAAUGCAAGAUACAGUUAGGCCGGGAUAUUGAAAAGCUCACACACCCAUUAGUAGAUUAAUUUUGCAAUAUAAAAAGUGGUCAAUGUUUGUUAUUACUGUUAACCGUAUGAUCGAGCGAAUGUCGGUAUUGCGACAACAAUAUACAAACACCAGGUAAGAACAAAUGUACUAAUUGACAAAAAGUAAAUCAAACAGUGCCAAAAAUGAUUAAAAACAUAACAGCUGUAGAAAAUCAACUGCAAAAUUUGCAUGAAGCUGAUGGAUAUCAGGAAAGAGUGAACCAAGAAACUGGCACAGAAUUACAAAAACCAAAAUUUCCACUGCUAGCAGCCAAAAGCAGCACUAAAGAAGAAAUAUCAGCCAUAAAAUUCCUGCUGGACAAUUUUGUUGAAGAGGUCGACAUUCGUAAUGUUUUCGAGUUGAAUGACCAAAUGACCAAAGAAAUCGGAAGAAAUGGCAAUUUCCUCCGGAAAUGCCUGUUGUGCCAUGGAGGUUGCAAAAUGUGCAAGUUCUGCCAGUGUAGGGAAAAGGACAUAUUUUUGAUCAAUAACGCGUUUCAAAAGAUGCGUUUCUACAACAAACAGUCCGAAUAUUUCCGCCGGGAAAUGCUUCAAGAGCAGAACAGAACCCGGAAAAGCGGAAAACCAGUGGUCUUGCCCAAACAAUCUCUGGAAACUUUCCAGAAGCUCAAACUGAAAUUAAAUAACAUUAAGGCCUUUUAUCCAGGUAUUUAUAACAGUGAGGCCGAUAUUAUGUCACAGUGGGGUCAAGGAAAUUGCUUGACUAGAAUGAAUCCUGCAUUGUUAAUUUUGCGCGACAAUUUUCCAUUCACUUUUUGAUUUAAAAGCAGAAAACGUAGAUCAAAAUAUUGAUUUCACGAAACAAAAUAAAUAAGCCUUGGUAGAAGGAGUUAAAUUAUGCAUUAUUUAAUUAUAAAGCUUAGCUGUGACAAAUUAGAUACGCGCUGUGGAAAAAAGAGGCGCUUUUACAGGCCCUAAACAGUUUUAAUUAAAACUAAACGAGUUGAA